UUUCGCGGAGAAAGACGUUGAAAAACCGAAUCGUCUUGACAUCAUUCUUCAAUGAGUUCUGAAUGAGGAUGGCUAAGCGUGUUGCUAUCAUUGGAGGAGGAACCUCAGGGCUGGCCUGCAUUAAAUGUUGCCUGGAUGAAGGUCUGGAGCCGGUGUGUUUUGAGAGCAGUGAUGACAUUGGAGGACUCUGGAGAUUUAAGGAAAAUCCGGAUCCAGAACGGGCCAGCAUUUACCAAUCUUUGAUCAUCAACACCUCAAAGGAGAUAAUGUGCUACAGUGAUUUUCCCAUCCCUGCCCACUUCCCAAACUACAUGCACAACUCUCUUGUCAUGGAUUACUUCCGCAUGUAUACUGAGCGCUUUCAACUUACUCGGCACAUUCGUUUCCAGACAAAAGUCCUUCAUGUCACACCAAGGCCAGACUUUCCUCACACUGGACAGUGGGAUGUAGAGACAGAGUCAAAGGAUGGAAGGAGGGAAAAGCAGGUGUUUGAUGCUGUGAUGGUCUGCACCGGUCACCACUGUCACCCACAUCUCCCUCUACAGGACUUCCCAGGAAUAGACACAUUUAAGGGGAAAUUCUUCCACAGUCGUGAAUACAAAACCCCUGAAGAAUGGCGAGGGAAAAGGGUCGUUGUGAUUGGCAUUGGGAACUCUGGUGGAGAUAUUGCUGUGGAGCUGAGCAGAAUAGCCAAACGGGUUUAUUUGAGUACCCGAAAGGGUUCUUGGAUACUAAAUCGUGUUGGAUACAAUGGUUUUCCUGCAGAUAUGUUAAGAGACAGAGGGAUAAUGUGGCUUUAUAGAUCGCUGUCUGGAUUUUUCAUCAGUAGGAGAGAGAAACAACUCAAUCAAAGAUUCAACCACAAGAUCUACGGACUGCAGCCUUCUCACAGACUUUUCAGCCAACAUCCCACGGUUAAUGAUGAUUUACCAAACCGUAUUCUCUCUGGUACCGUGUCGGUCAAGCCGAACGUGCGAGAGUUUUGUGGCUCAGGUGUGGUGUUUGAGGAUGGCACUAUUGAGGACGACAUCGAUCUUGUGGUGUUUUGCACGGGCUACACUUUCUCCUUCCCCUUCCUGUCUUCACACAUCAUACCUGUUUCAAAAAACAAGGUGUCCCUGUACAAAUAUAUGUAUCCACCAAAUCUGGAGCGCCCAACUUUAGCUGUGAUUGGUCUGAUUCAGCCUCUGGGAGCCAUUACGCCAAUCUCUGAGAUGCAAGCACGCUGGGCCACACGUGUUUUUAAAGGACUCUGCAAGCUGCCUUCAAUGAAUGCAAUGCUGAAGGACAUUAAAGCAAAGGAGGAGGCAAUGGCUCGAAGGUAUGUGGCCGCACAGAGGCAUACCAUCCAGGUGGACUACAUCCCGUACAUGGAUGAACUUGCUAAAGAAGUGGGUGUUAAUCCUCCCAUCCUCAAGUUGCUCCUGACAGACCCUAGAUUGGGUUAUAAAGUGCUGUUUGGGCCCUGCACCCCAUACCAGUUUCGGCUGUGUGGACCAGGCCAAUGGGAAGGUGCACGGCAGGCCAUCCUGACACAGUGGGAUCGAGUCACUCAGCCUCUGAAAACACGAGUUGUGCCAGAUCAGGAGUCACAGCACUCAUCUGUCUCGCUCAUGUUCUCAUUGUCUGUUGCAGCUCUGCUCUCUGCUCUCUAUUACAGAAGGGAAAGUUUGUACGCACUCAUAUCAGACCCUUCAGUGAUCCUCAACAAGAUUUGGGCUUAUUUGCCAUCACACGCAUAGGGAUCAUGAAACAUGACACACUUUAUAUUAAAUCUGACAGCACAAGUGACCUUCAAUGAGUAAAUUCUAACGAGAUAAAAUGAAGAAGUGGGCUAUAUCUGCAUUGUAUUGUGAGUUUGCUUUGGUCAAUAUCAUGAAAUUCAUAAAAUGAAUGCAGUAGUGAUGUCAAGUGAUAUUGAU